AUAUCUUCAAAACCAACACGCCACCAAAACAGAGAGAGAGAGAGAGAGACCCUGACACGAAAACAGGGGAAGCAAGAAAAAAGAAGAAGAAAGAUUGAAGCCAUGGUUUUAUUCUCCCAAACCCAAACAGAGUUACCCUUAAAUGAGAAUGACUCACAGGACAUGGUGAUAUACCAAGUUCUGAACGAGGCUAAUGCUAUGAGCAACCCUUUUAUGCCUCAGAGGCACCAAACCCUCGGUGGCCAGCAGCACGGCCUAGAAGCCACGAGGAGCAUAGCAAAGAAGCACUACAGAGGGGUGAGGCGCCGCCCAUGGGGGAAGUACGCGGCGGAGAUUCGUGACUCGGCACGGCAUGGAGCAAGGAUAUGGCUUGGCACCUUUCAAACAGCUGAAGAGGCUGCCAUGGCAUAUGACAGAGCAGCUUUCAAGAUGAGGGGUUCCAAGGCUUUGCUUAAUUUUCCACCUGAUGUUGUUGCUGCAGCUUCCUUGCAGAUGGAGUUUUCUUCUAAGCAUGAUUUGAAUAAUCACGAUUCUGAUUCAAGUGCUAGCAGUUCUUGCACAAAUUCCACUGGGGUAAUAGAUAGCUAGGGUCCUUGGGGCACAGUACUGGAAAUAUUUUGAAUCCUUUUUCUGAAAUGGGUUGCUUCAUUUGUAUCCGUAUUCCAAACAAUCCCAAUAAGCAAAAAAAAAAAAAGAAGUUGAAUUUGAUACUUGGAUCAUAAAUUUGUUAUAAAGGUAAGUGAAUUUUUAUUUUUAUUUUUAUUUUUUUUAACGUCAAGUGUUCUUUGUUUUUGUGUC